AUGGCUAGUCCUCCCGUUCUAGCUUUCGAUGCCGAGGGCCGUCCGGUGAAGUUCGAAACCUGGCUAGAUGACCUGCACCUGUUCCUACAGCUCACUGCCAAGGAAGACAUCUCGCUGUACGACCACGCCCUAGGCCAUGCUACUGCCCCUGACACGUCUGCUGACAGCACUCUACGCUCUCAGUGGCAGACUCGUGAUGCGCACGCUCGCUUUGCUAUUCGCAACUCCCUGCCGCUAGACGAGCGCGAGCACUUCGGCCAGUGCAAGACUGCUAAGGACCUCUACACCGCUGUAGUUGCCCGUUACUCCUCACCCGCUUCUGCUACGCUAGGCCGCCUCACUCUCCCCUACCUGUUCCCCGACCUAGCCUCCUUUCACACUGUCGCAGACCUCAUCACCCACCUUAAGACUAUCAGGGACCACUUCCUCUCUCGCUCCCCCACUGAGCUCACUGUUGCCCUCCUCGAGAAGGAACUGCUUGCAGCUGAGGCGAGCAUCGUCGCUGUAGGCACCUCUCGUGGCGACCCCCGCACCCCGUUCUUCGAGGGGUGUUCCCCUUCCCCCCUCCUCCCCUCUGUCGCCUCUGCUGCUGCUGUCGACCUCCUUGGUGCUGAGAAGGUCGGGACCGCGUCUGCUUCGAGCGGGCGCCGCAGGAGCAAGGGAGGCAGGGGUGGGGGUGGUGGCGGAGGAGGUGGGGGUGGAGGCGGUGGGAGUGGAGGCGCGACUGGGGAGGCUAGAGGCAGCAGUGGGGGAGGAGACAGCAGCGGCGGGAGCGGUGGCAGGGGCGGAGGCGGCAGCGGAGGUGGAGGUGGUCGUGGCGGCGGCAGGGGUGGAGGUGGCCGAGGCGGUGGUGGUGGCGGUGGUGGUCGUGGAGGCACUGGCGGAGGCCAGAGUCAGCAGCCCGCCCCGACGCUUCAGGCCGCCCGUGAGUGGUAUGCGCAGCGUGGCUGUACCUGCACGUACGUCAUUCGCACAGGUGACCGCAGCGGCCAGCAGUGUGGGAGGCCGCACCCCACGCAGCGCUGCUUCGCGCGCCUUAACGACGCGUGGCGCACCCAGUUUCCUGAUGCCACUGAGCUGCCGCGCUGGGCUGAUCUGGAAAAGAGGGGUGUCGAUAUUUGGGCUCUAGACUUUGAUGCUAUUCUCACUGCCAUGUAUGCCAUGUCUAUUAGUGGAGAGGGUGCUCAGUACUUACGUGUUCCGCCCGACCCGGGCAUUCAGGCCAGUCCGGCUGCCGCUCUAGGUGCUAGUGCGUCUGCUCCCACAGGUCCUGGUGAGGCUGCUGCCCUAGGUGCUAGUGCGUCCGUGCCCCCUGGUACUGAGUCGACUGCAGCACUGCACACCUUCACACUGGACUCAGGUGCCUCUCGCUCUUUCUUUCGUGACCGCACUGUCCUUGAGCCACUCGCUCGGCCAGUUGCUGUCUCCCUUGCUGACCCCUCUGGGGGUCCAGUCAUUGCCACCUCCUCCACUGUUCUUCCUUGUCCUGCGGUCCCGUCCGGCACGCUUUCAGGUAGGUAG